AUGGGCCCGAGACAGGCGAUGUCGUCUCUUUGUGAGCAGUGCCCUGGACAAGCUUUUAGUGACGGCGGCCUUCUUCCUCCUCCGCACGUUCUUUUCCUCUUAGGCGGCGACCACAACUUUUCAAAGCUGUUUUCCUUCAGCGCCCAAAGCCAAUUGUUUUCAGACUUCGAGGAAAGUGCAGCACUUGUGAAACCGGCAGUUGAAGGAAAUCUGGCGAUAUUUGCCCCUCCGGCUUUACAUGCUGCGGUCGGUGUGGGCAUGUCGCUGCCGCUCAUUGAGACAACGAGGGCCCCAUCGCCUGCUACUAUCAGUCUGCUUCCCGUACGGCGGAGUAAGCUUCCACCAAUGCCCCCUUGUGACGCCAAUCUUCUUGAAAAUCUGCCCCCAGAGCUUUCGCGAAAGAUGCCGCUUGACUCCACCAAAAUCCAGCCAAAAUCCGUCGACAGCUGGGAGGAUGCGAAGGAUGAAGGCAGCAAUGCGCCUGUGCCCAACGGCGGGGGGGCAAUACGUUCAGCAGUAAAAAUUGUGCCCUGCCAAUGCCCUCCGGCGCAGGCGUGCCGCUUCACUUUUCGAGUCCCACGACAUCAGGUGAUUCGACGAAGGCAGCAAAGGGGCGCUGCGGCGCAGCUCAUUCGCGACGGGGAUCUGAGGCGGAGUGUGCUCUUGGCUGUGGAGCAGCGCUUCCGCGCGUACAUUUGCACGCCAAUGAUCGAUGAGGCGGCGGAGCUUAAGAACACCAGGACGAAGGCAAGUCAUAGUGCCACCGCAAACCCGCAGCAGCAACGGACCGCGGCAGCAGGUGCACCGUCGGUUGCGGUGCAAAACCUUCUGGACUUUUUUUUUUGCAAGUGA